GCCCAAAUGUUUAAGAUAAUUUCAAAGAAUGUCCCUGACUUUUUUCUAACACCCGAGAGAGUUAAGGUAUAAAUGAAAAUAAACAAAGAAUUAGGGUAUUUUUGACAAAAAUGUAAAGAUUUGGGCAUAAAAAAUCUAAAUGGACGAAAGGAUUAGAUAGGAUUGCGGACACCGACCGUCUGAGCGGAAGCAAACAUGAAUGUAGCAAUUGGCGGCAACCUGCGUUAUCCUUUCCUGCCCAAAUCACCGGUAGAAUCAACGAAUUCCGGUCAUUUCUGCAUUCGGAUAACUCGCAAUUUGCGGAGGGAGCCUCUGGUCAGCGUGAUUGAAAAUGAGACCGCCACGGCGAAAGAAGCUCCGUCUCUUUCUGGAUCUAGAUCUAUGUCUCGUCGCCUCAUUCUUCUCCGCCAUGCGAAGAGCUCUUGGCAAUAUCCUUCGCUCCGAGGUAGUAUUUCGCCUCUCUCUGCUAAAUUUCCAACGGGAGAUAAAAUUAUAUCCAAAAUUAUCAGCUCAUCAAAUAUUCUCACUAAAAUAAAAAAAGACUUGGCUGAGGGUCAAAACGAAAUAGGAGAAGCACAUCCUAACUGAAAAUAUAGAGCACAUAAAAAAUUUUGGUUAAAUGUUAAAUUUGGUCCCUCAACUUUAUAGAGUUACAUUUUUUUGAUCCCUCAAUUUUAAGAAAUGCACAACGUUAAU